AUGGGUACUCGGGGCUUAUGGAAUGUGCGUGUCGAUGGGAAGUGGUACCGCGUCUUUCACAGAUCAACGGCGCGUAUAACUUCUCCAGACGCACCUGCUACUCUGCGAACCGUUAGAAAGGUAGUCUCGGAGACUGCCAUAGAGAACUGGGAAUCAAUACCUUUUCCCUCACCACUCCACAUCAACCUAGAUUAUGUAUACAACAUCGAUAAGGACCUAGGAGUCAUAAUGGUAACUCAAUGGACGGCCAUCAGCGGUGCACUUUACCGGUUAAUCCGACAGGCAAAGCUUGCUGCAAUUGAAGAUCCCUCACUCAGCACGCUAGAUGAUAUUCUUGUUGAUAACGAAGAUAUCACUAAGCAGCAUCGCACACAGUAUACUGAAACGGGACUAACAACAUCACUAACGCUCAAGAUAAACAUCGCAAAGCCCACGUCUUUGACUGAGCUCCAACUUCGUUUGUUUACAGACUUCGUUUCUCUGUGGCGGUUCUAUUUUGAUGACCUACCGUCCUGGUCACAUGACUCGCGUUUUCGAAAGACCCUUGCCAUUGGCCUUCUGCGUAUCGCUGCAUGGGAUCUCGAAAUACUAUCCGACACAGACACCGAAGGGAUCCCAGAAGAUAUUAUAGAAGAGAUCCCAAUCGGAUCCUACUCUAUCCCAAAGUGGUCGGCUCCGUCUGAAAACAUUUUCUGGCUUCUUGGGUUUCUAGUCACUGUAUCCAGUGCGUCAGACACGCUUGAGAACACCCCUGUUAUCCAUGUUAUUCUAACCUCUUUAGGUUACGUUACUCUCCUCGAAAUAACUGGUACAGGUGUACAGUACUCGCCGACCAUACCUCUUGUCAUCAACUCUUCGGCCAUACAACCCUCACCUGGAUUUCGAGCUCUAAUUCUGGAAAAAUGGGGGAUCAACUUACCCACUGAGAUUCUUGAUAGAAUACUCAGGGCCUUGGCGCCCAAGGACGUAAUCUCGUUUGCCCGAGCAUCUACCGCAGUGGAUAGAUGGUAUUAUUCAUCUCUUCCUCAAUUGGACAGAGUCCUUGUGCGGAGUUUUGAUUUCUCGAUACCAUGCUGUGGAGAACGACACAACCCCAACGGAGACGGUGUCUCCUGCUCGACCUGUUAUACGUGGUACCACAGCGAGUGUGCUGGUCUCAGCUCUGAAUCACAAGAGUGCCACCAAAACGGAGCAAGCAAGAGUCUGGAGGCCGGGGCUAUCUACAGAGCACACCGGAAGAUAAGAUCGAAGCCCAGCUGCAAGGUGACUGUCGACGGUGAGGUAAAAGUGCUCAACUUGCGCACGGCGAAGCCAGCGGCCCGUCGGCCUGAACGGUUCCUCUUUAGAGGCCUAUCAAUUCCUCCCAACGAUCUCAAUUACACCAUCCGCUUCAAUCGCGUUUUCUCCGGUCUAGCAUACGGCCUUGACGAGGUAUGA